CAUUUGGUAUGCCAAGGAAUCUCCGAUCCUGAGUACUGUGGAUCCACUGAAGCUGGUUAAAGCGGCAUGGGUGGCCAAUAAUGGUGGAUUUCUGAUCAUACAGAAGAAGAAAAGCUUAAUGCUGCAGUGUUUGUUUGGAGCUUGCAGUAUGAUCCACGCAUGCAUAGCUUUUAUUCUGGAACCAUGUUGCGAGAGGACCAUUAUGGAAGUGCGCUAAGUCACUAAAUCUUGUUCUGACAAUGACUGAAAUCAAUCAAAAAUUCCUUUAGACAAAAAAAACUUCUGCGAAAGCCACCAAAACAAUGGUCCGUGGUGAAGAACACAGCGCCUAGCGAGCAGCACUGACAUUGAGGAACCAUGCGGGCUUGAAUUAUGUUCCUGUCCUCUCCCUCUCUCUCUCUUCUUAAUCAUCCAUCUUUUAUGUUAGAACCUAUUAAAUGAGGCCUUGCUGCUGCUUCCCUACCUUUGCCCUUGAAUGGAGAUUGCUCAGUUUUGUGCCAGAGCCAACAUCCUUGUCCUGCUUCUUGCUCUCUUCUGUUCUCCAUGCAAGUUCAUCCAGAGUCCCAUGGGCUUAGACCCCUUAAACUUCCACCAGAACACAAACACGGCAUCCAUGGACUUCGGAAGGAUUCACUUCAGCUUUCCCUCGGCAAUUCUCAGACCCAAGUCCCCAGCAGACAUCUCCCUUCUCCUCAGCUUCCUCUCUGGUUCAUCCUUCAGCGAGGUCACAGUUGCCGCGAGAGGAGCUGGGCACUCCAUCUAUGGCCAAGCCCAGGCACUGGAUGGCAUAGUCAUUGAGAUGGACGCUAUGCCUUCCAAUAUAGAAGUCCACAGGAAGGGAGAAGGGGAAGUUGAUGUCUCUUAUGUCGAUGUCAGUGGUGGAGCACUCUGGAUCGAGCUUCUGGAGGAGAGCUUGAAGCAUAGGCUGGCUCCAAGGUCAUGGACUGACUACCUCUAUCUCAGUAUUGGCGGCACUCUCUCCAUCGGUGGCAUCAGUGGCCAAGCUUUCAAGUAUGGCCCUCAGAUCAGCAAUGUCCUACAACUGGAUGUGGUGACAGGCAAAGGGGAGGUAGUGACUUGCUCCCCCACCAAAAGUUCAGAGCUUUUCUAUUCAGUUCUAGGUGGUUUAGGCCAGUUUGGCAUCAUAACAAGUGCAAGAAUCCUGCUUCAAGAAGCUCCAGAGAAGGUCAAGUGGGUGAGAGCCUUCUAUGAUGAUGUCCAGACCUUCACCCAGGACCAAGAACUGUUGAUUUCGAUGCCUAACUUGGUGGAUUACGUUGAAGGCUUCAUAGUUCUCAACGACCAAUCCCUCAACAGCUUCACAACCGCCUUCCCUGCUCACCUACACUUCGCACCAGAGUUCCAUAGUGAAGGCCGUUCGAAGGUCUACUACUGCAUUGAGUACGCUGUCCAUGACCACAGUUCCAAGGACAUCAACACAGAUCAGGUGGUCGAGGAGGUUUCGAGGCAGAUGAGGAACUUGCCAUCUCAAUUGUACACUGUGGAGGUCUCCUACUAUGAUUUCCUCAACAGGGUUAGGAUGGAGGAGAUGAGCCUGAGGAGCGCUGGGCUGUGGGAAGUGCCUCACCCUUGGCUCAACAUGUUCGUACCCAAGUCUGGAAUCAGUGAGUUCAUCGACUUGCUCUUGGAGAACAUUUCUGCAGAGGAAUUUGAGGGCCCUGUCCUCAUCUACCCAGUUCUAAGAGACAAGUGGGACAGGAACACAUCAAUGGUGCUGCCUGACGCCGCUGACGACCAGGUGGUGUACAUCGUCGGCAUGCUCCGGUCGACCAACCAGGACAGUUGCCCAGCCGACUGCCUGCAGAACCUCCUCCAAACCAACCUCCGCAUCACCGGAGCAGCCUCCGACGCCGGAGCCAAACAGUACAUCCCGCACCACUCCUCGCCGGCGGGAUGGUUCAGCCACUUCGGCCGUCACUGGAACCGGUUCGCGGGGCGCAAAGCUCAGUUCGACCCGCUCGGUAUCUUGGCGCCCGGGCAGGGAAUAUUCUCUAGAAGGUCCGUCUCUUCCUCGUAGCAAGUAACAAGCACCAAAAGGAGAAAAA